ACAAAGUGGGUGAUGAUUUGCAUGAUGAUCAGAAGCUGAGGAGGCUAUCGUGUGUGUGAGUGUCACAUUGCUGCUCCAGGGAGGCACGGUUAUAGCAGGACCAUGAGAUGUGACUGUGUGAGCAGGGAGCAGUGCAGUGGAUGUCGCCGCAGUGGCUCUGUGUGAGCGAUGGCUUCUCUGGACUUACCCUAUCGCUGUCCUAGGUGUGGGGAACACAAGCGUUUCAGGAGCCUGUCAUCAUUACGAGCUCACCUGGAAUAUAACCACACGUAUGAAACUUUGUACGUCCUCUCCAAGUCUAAUAGUGUCUGUGACACCAGCCUGCUGUCUCCCAGUGACCUGCCAGUCCUCAUACCCGCUGUCCGCAAGGACAUUUUUGAAAGCACAUCUUUCAGGAGCAAAGAACAGCGCCAUCUGUACGACUUACAGUGCGGAGAAGACGUGGCUCAGAGCUCUGCCAGUUACAUGCCCGAGGGGAAGCUUCCAGUCAAUGAAAUACUGAUGAAGAAGGCGCUGAGCUCUCCCCCUGCCUCAAUAGCGGGGGACACUGUGUACGAGGAGGGCGAGACUCGUCUGAAGGUCCAGGCAUUAGAGACAUUGAACCUGAACCAGCAUCUGGAGAAGCUGUCACAGGAGGUGGAGCAGAAGAUCGCAGCGCGGGUGGACAGGCUACAGGGCGAGCUGGAGAAGAGGAGCUGUGAGCUGGAGAGGGCGAGGCAGGACAGCCUGAAGCUGAGCCGAGAGAAGCGGGACAUGGAGGAGAGGGCCUCAGAGCUGUCCCGACAGGUGGACGUGAGUGUGGAGAUGCUGGCGGCCCUCAAACAGGACCUGGUGCAGAAAGAUCAGGAGCUCGUCCACAAACAGCAGGAGGUAUUACAGAUCGACAGGUUCUUACAAGAGACGGCUGCUCGGGAGGCCACGGCCAAGGGGCGUCUGCAGCAGUUUAUUGAGGAGCUUUUGGACAGAGCAGACAGGGCGGAGAAGCAGCUGAUGGUGAUCAGUAGUUGUGCCAGCACACCCAACGGCAGUGUGGGGAGGUGCAGCAUCUCGCGGAACAAGGGCAUCAGCAGACGUCAGGGCAAUCGAAGCAACAACUCAACAAGUGUUUCUCGAGGGAAUAUUUCCGAUCAACAAUCACUGCCAAAUGUUAGACCAAAGCCUGUUCCCCAUGCGGUUCGAUGCUAUGACAGUGACAGUUUUACUCCGUCUGUGGCUGUCCCCCGCUGUGAUCAGAGCACAGAGAGGAACUAUCACCACAAGCAGAGCCACAGCGCCGAGGGCAGGUUCAGCAGAGACCCUGCGUCACGGAGCUCAGCGCUCCGGAGACAAGCCGUGGAAAACUGGCAUCGCAGACCGGAUCGUAACAGCACUGAGGGAGAGGAGGGCGACGUGUCUGAUGUGGGCUCCAGAACCACCGAGUCAGAGGCUGAGAUGUGGGAACAAGAGAGUAAAUGUCCAGCACUCACACAGCACUUCGGGUCCAACCGAGCCAAGGCACAUCGGCUAGCAACAGGUAACAGCAGACCCGUCAGCUACAAAGCAGCCAAACUCGACAAAGGAAGCUCGUGCCAGUCAAAGGAGGUGAUCAGUCCUGAGGUGCUGAAGAUGAGAGCUGCAUUAUUCUGCAUUUUCACUUACCUGGACACCAAGACCUUGCUCCGAGCAGCAGAGGUUUCUCGAGAUUGGAAGUAUGUGGCCAGACACCCCGCGGUGUGGACACGAGUCUUGCUGGAGAACGCGAGGGUCUCUCCCAAGUUCAUGAUGACUCUGUCUCAGUGGUGCACACAGACGCACUCGCUCACUCUGCAGAAUGUCAAGCCUCGGCCAAAGGGGAAGAAAGAGAGUAAGGAGGAAUAUCUGAGGAACACACAUGGCUCCCUGGAGAUGGGGCUGGAGUCGAUGCUCAAAGCUGCAGGACCCAAUCUGCUCAUUCUAAAGAUUUCCCACUGUCCGACUCUCCUGACUGACCGCUCAUUGUGGCUAGCUAGCUGUUACUGUCGUGCCCUGCAAGCCGUGACAUAUAGGAGCUCCACUGAUCCUGUUGGUCAUGAAGUGAUCUGGGCUUUGGGAGCCGGGUGUCGAGACAUCAUCUCCCUGCAGGUGGCACCAUUACACCCAUGCCAACAACCUACUCGCUUCAACAACCGUAGUCUGCAGAUGAUUGGUCGCUGCUGGCCUCACCUCCGUGCACUGGGAGUGGGCGGUGCUGGAUGUGGUUUACAGGGACUAUCCUCUCUAGCUCGAAACUGUAUCCGUCUCCAAGUACUGGAACUCGAUCACGUGACUGAAAUCAACCAGGAAGUGGCCGCUGAAGUUUGCCGCGAGGGACUGAAAGGCCUGGAGAUGUUGGUGCUCAUGUCCUCCCCCAUCACCCCCAAAGCUCUGCUCCACUUUAACAGUGUUUGCCGUGAUCUGAAGUCCAUCGUGGUUCAUAUUGCGAUCGCCGACUACUUUGAGGAGCCGGAUAUGCCUGAGGCACGCAAGCUGUUUGAGGAGAUGGUGAAUAAACUUCAGGCUCUGAAAAAAAGACCAGGUUUUGCAAAAAUUCUUCAUAUCAAAGCUGAAGGAAUGUGAAGUGUCCAGUAACCAACUGAGACCAGUAACUAUUGGUCCAACACCAAUAAUUAACCAGCGAACACCAGUAACUAACCAGCCAACAUAAGUAACUAGCUAACCAACAUCAGUAACUAACUAAUCAAUACCAGUAACUAAUCAAUACCAGUAACUAACCAGCCAACACCAGUAACUAACCAGCCAACACCAGUAAGUAUCCAGCCAACACCAGUAACUAACCAGCCAACACCAGUAACUAACCAGCCAACACCAGUAAGUAUCCAGCCAACACAGUAACUAACCAGCCAACACAGUAACUAGCCAGCCAACACAGUAACUAACCAGUCAACACAGUAACUAACUGACCAAAACCAGUAUAGACCACACCCACUCUCUGAAUACACCACACCCACACUCCAUAUAGACCGCACCCACUCUCCAUAUAGACCACAGCCACUCUCCAUAUAGACCACACCCACUCUCCAUAUAGGCCACACCCACUCCCAUAUAGACCACACCCACUCUCCAUAUAGGCUACACCCACUCUCCAUAUAGGCCACACCCACCCACUCUCCAUAUAGGCCACACCCACCACUCUCCAUAUAGACCAUACCCACUCUUCAUGUAGACCACAACCAGGCUCUACAGGUGGCCUUGCACCCGUUCUGACAUUGUCCUCAUCCACCAGUCAAUGUCCCGAGGUGCUGUACAAGUAUUUCCCGACUGGCCAGAAGCACAAACAUUUUUCCAUUUCCACAUCUUAAAUCUUGUCGUCCUGCCUCCUUGACCACACCAAUCAUCACAGUGUAAUAUUUGUCCACACAGUCUGCCCGACACAGUCAUCAAAGCCAGGGCUCUGGUGGGUUACAUUGUCUGAGCGGUGACAGUGCACACGCAAUGAAGAUUUUUGUUCUAA